UCAAUUCCAUUAUUAUUAUUUUACAAAAACAAAUUAUUAAUAUUUUGUAAACUUAAACUAUAGUCUCUGUAUCUGUCUCUCUUGCAUUAACUCAACACCUCUUCCUAACUCUCUUUCUCCAAGUUUCUUUUCUUCAUCAUCUUCUUUUUCAACUCUCACAGAGUUGAAGACUUGAAGAAGCUCUUUGGUUUCAGCUUUUGGAUUCGAUCAGAUCAACUUAAUCUACUUGAAAUUCAAAUCACUCACGUUGCUGCAAUAUUGUUGUUAGAGCUUAACAGAUUCAGAAAAGAGGAUAUAAGGAAAACUUGAAGCAAUAUUUAAGCACUUCACUUCCAGGAAUCUACAUGGUGAACAAAUUAUCUCUGACUUGAUAUUGCUAAGAAAUUGGAUAUCAGUGGAGAAGAUGGUGAAACAUCACUUGAGAAAGUCUAUAAAAUCCCUGUUUGAAAGUCACAUUGACCCUGAUAAAGAAGAGCAGCUCCAGGGAGCUAAAACAGAAAUUGAAGACAAAGUCAAAAGGAUAUUGAAACUUAUUAAAGAUGACAACCUUGAAGAAGAUGGUACCCCAGCAGAACUUUUGAAGAGGGAACCACUUGCUGAAUUGAUUGAGGAUAUCCACAAUCAAUACCAAUUGAUUUACACACAACAUGAUCAUCUGACAGGUGAGUUAAAGAAAAGGAUCAAAGGCAAGCGAGAAAAAGGAAGUUCUUCAUCUAGCUCUGAUUCAGAUUCGGAUUCGGAUUAUUCUUCAAAGGACAGAGGCAGCAAAAACGGUCAACUAGAAAAUGAGUUUCAAAAGAUAAUUGAUGGAUUAAAGCAAGAACUUGAAGUGGCACAUAAGGAAGCCGCUGACUUAAAUCAGAAGUUGACAAUUACACAUGAAGAGAAGGAUGACAUAAAUUCAAAACACCUUGCAGCACUGAGCAAGAUACAAGAAGCAGACAAGGUUAGUAUGGAUUUGAAAACUGAUGCCGAGGCAUUUGGGAUACAGAUAUCAAAACUUUUGGCUGAGAAUACUGAACUAAAUAAGCAACUGGACAUUGCUGGUAAAGUAGAAGCUGAACUGAGUCAAAAAUUGGAGGAUAUGAAGACAGAAAACAAUAGCUUGGCCGUGGAGAAAGAGACAGCUCUUCACCAGAUUGACGAGGAAAGGAAGACUGCAGAUGACCUGAGAAACCUCGUUGAUCAAUUGAAAGAUGAUAAGUUAGUGAUUGCAAAAGAAUUACAAGCAGCAACAGAUGAACUUUCUAUUCUGAAGCAGCAAUUGAAACAUGCAGAACAACAAAUAACAACAAUAAGCCACAAGCUGGAGGUUACAGAGGAAGAAAAUAAAUCAUUAAAAGCAGAAAUUUCACAAGCUUCAAAUGAGAUUCAGCUGUCUCAGAACAGAAUACAGGAAUUUGAAUCUGAAUUAAGUCAGUUCAAGGAGAAACAUGAUGAGAAAGACAGGGAAGUUUCAACCCUCACUCAGAUCCACGAAGGGCAUAAGAAUGAGUCCUCAAAUCUUAUCAGGGAACUAGAGACACAGAUCACAAAUCUGGGGCUGGAAUUAGAAUCACUGCAAAACGAGAAAAAAGAUAUGGAGGAUCAACUUAAGAGCUGCACCACUGAAAAAAGAGAACUGGAAGAGCACAAUUUAGGCUUGCGAAACCAAAUUUCAGAACUUGAAAUGAAGUCCAAAGAAAGAGAAGAGGAGCUAUCUGCUAUCAUGAAGAAACUCAAAGAUAGCGGGGAUGAAUCAUCUUCCAAAAUAUCAGAUUUGACAUCUCAGAUAAACAAUUUGCAGGCUGAUUUAAGCUCAUUACAUGCUCAGAAAACUGAACUGGAAGAACAUAUAAUUCUUAAAAGUAAUGAAGCCUCAACUCGAGUCGAAAGCAUUACAAAUGAGCUGAAUGCAUUACAGCAGGAAGUGGAGUCUCUACAACACCAGAAAUCUGACUUGGAAGUUCAGCUUGUGGAAAAAAGCCAAGAAAAUUCUGAGUGUUCAAUUCAAAUUCGAAGUCUGAAAGAGGAGGUUGACAGAAAAUCCCUGGAACAAGAGAGACUUACGGAAGACAGAGAAAAUUUUGCAAAAGAAAGAGAGGAGGAACUAUCUGAUAUCAUGAAGAAACUCAAAGAUAAUGAGAAUGAAUCAUCUUCCAAAAUAUCAGAUUUGACAUCUCAGAUAGACAAUUUGUUGGCUGAUAUUAGUUCAUUACAUGCUCAGAAAAAUGAACUGGAAGAGCAAAUAAUUUUUAAAAGUACUGAAGCCUCAACUCGAGCCGAAAGCAUUACAAAUGAGCUGAAUGUGUUGCAGCAGGAAGUGGAGUCUCUACAACACCAGAAAUUUGACUUGGAAGUUCAGCUUGUGGAAAAAAGCCAAGAAAAUUCUAAGUGUUCAAUUCAAAUUCAAAGUCUGAAAGAGGAGGUUGACAGAAAAUCCCUGGAACAAGAGAGACUUAUGGAAGACAGAGAAAAUUUUGCAAAAGAAAGAGAGGAGGAACUAUCUGAUAUCAUGAAGAAACUCAAAGAUAAUGAGAAUGAAUCAUCUUCCAAAAUAUCAGAUUUGACAUCUCAGAUAGACAAUUUGUUGGCUGAUAUUAGCUCAUUACAUGCUCAGAAAAAUGAACUGGAAGAGAAAAUAAUUUUUAAAAGUAAUGAAGCCUCAACUCGAGUUGAAAGCAUUACAAAUGAGCUGAAUGUAUUGCAGCAGGAAGUGGAGUCUCUACAACACCAGAAAUCUGACUUGGAAGUUCAGCUUGUGGAAAAAAGCCAAGAAAAUUCCGAGUGUUCAAUUCAAAUUCAAUGUCUGAAGGAGGAGUUUGACAGAAAAUCCCUGGAACAAGAGAGACUUAUGGAAGACAGAGAAAAUUUAACCAGGCAGAUAAAGAAUCUGGAACUGGAGAUGAGUACCAUUAAGAGCAAAAAUAGCAAAGACGAAGAGCAAAUAAGGACCAACGUCCAAGUGAUCAGUCAUCUCCAGGAUAAAAUUCAUAUGGCAGAGAUAGAAGGUUCAACCCAAAUAGUUGCCUUUGGUGAGCAAAUUAAGAAUCUUCAACUUAAUUUGGCACAAGAAUUAGCGCAGCAGCGCAAAAAAAUGGAGUUGGAGCUGGAUUCCAUACGCAGCCAGAAGAGUGAAGUUGAAGAACAAUUAAGAGCCAAAGACCGUGAGUUAAACACUUUAGAGCAAAAAGAAAGUGAAUACGCAAAGCAAAUCAGUGCUAACCGGGAUGAGAUCAGUAAACUGGCACAGGAAAAUUUGGAGCUAGCAGACAAAAUAGAUCAUUCGGAGAGAAGAUUAGCAACAAGAGAAUUUGAGUUCUCUACACUUCAGGAUAAACUUUAUAAGGCAGAGGAAGAGGCUUCAGGAAAAACAAUUGCCUUCACAGCUCAAGUUGACAAUCUGCAAAAGGACUUGCUUUCCUUGCAGAAAACAAAAGAAGAAUUGGAGCUCUGCUGUGACAAUAUCAAAGAAGAACACACAGAAGUCCUCAGAAUGGUUGACAAUGAAAAGAAUGAAUUAGCCUACAAAAACAUGGAUCUUCAGAGAACAUUGGAAGAACAAGAAGAUGCAUAUCAGAAGUUGAAUGAAGAAUAUAAACAAAUUGAUAGUUGGUUUAAUGAAUGGAAGGUCAAACUUGAAGUUGCAGAGAGGAAAAUGGAAGAAAUGGCAGAAGAGUUUCGUGAAGGCAUUGGGUCAAAAGAUCAGAUGGUAACUGAUUUGGAAAACCAAGUUGAAGACCUGAAAAGAGACCUGGAAGAGAAAGGAGAUGAGGUUAGCACUUUGUUUGAGAAUGUCAGGAAUCUUGAGGUAAAGCUUCGCCUGUCAAACCAAAAGCUCCGGGUUACAGAACAAUUGCUAAGUGAAAAGGAAGAGAGCUUUAGAAAGGCGGAACGAGAGUUUCAGCAAGUUCAGAGAGAACUUGAAGACAGGAUUGCUACUCUGGUAGCUACAAUCACCGCUAACAAUGAAGCUUUUCAUGAAACUAUCACAAGUGUUAAAGUGUGUGUCAACAGUGUGAUAUCUGGGAUAGAUACUUUGAGCCGGAAAUUUUCCGACGAAAGCAAAAAUCAUGAGAACUACAUAUCAAACAUCUCCCAUGAGCUUCAGGUUGCAAAAGAAUCUGUCAGCAAGAUGAAUAGGGUGAAGGGGCAGUUACAGAGAGAUAAAGAUUGUUUGUUAGAGGAACUGCAGGGUAAAAAGGAAGGGGAAUUAACUCUGAGGGAAAAGGUUGAGAAGCUAGAGGUGAAGGCAAGAAAGGAGGAAUCAGAGAAGAUGAAUGUGACAGCAACUGUUGUUGAACUUAAGAAGACAGUUGGAGAGCUAGAGAAGUCGAUGAAAGAGAAAGAGGAAGGCAUAUUGGAUUUGGGAGAGGAAAAGAGGGAGGCCAUCAGGCAGCUCUGUUUGUGGAUUGAUUAUCACCGUGAGAGUAGUGACCGUCUCAAGGAAAUCAUAUCAAAGACACGCAGGGGCCAGAGAGCAGCAUAAGUCCUUCUGUAUAUUUUUUUAUUCAACUUUGUCCAGUUAGGUAAUGUUGUGAUUUGAUAUAUAAAUAGCUCAUAUUUUUUCUGUGAAUUGAUUCUUUUGUUUUUUGUUUUACAAACAUGAGUGUGUGUAUAAUUUGAUAUUUUCCCCAUAUCAUGAGCAGAGUUAGUCCUGUUCUUCUCUUGAAUUUGAAUUGAAUAAUCUUAGUGAGGUCUUAUUGUUUUGUUCAGUAUACAAAUUUGGAUGAACAUGUCCCAUUAUUAAAUUUUGCCAAUUCUUACC